UCAUCCUCUAUUGUCAUUGCAUUAUGACCUCAUACAAAUUGAACGUCAAAAGAACUCUACUGUAAAGUGAUGAUAUAAAAGAAAUGGCAAAAAAGACUUACGACUUAUUAUUUAAAUUAUUACUAAUUGGCGAUUCCGGCGUCGGUAAAACUUGCAUCUUAUUCAGGUUUUCUGAUGACGCCUUUACCACAACCUUUAUUUCCACAAUAGGAAUUGACUUUAAAAUCAAAACCGUCGAACUUCGAGGUAAGAAAAUCAAAUUGCAAAUAUGGGAUACGGCCGGUCAGGAGCGCUUUCACACAAUCACCACUUCGUAUUACAGAGGAGCAAUGGGGAUUAUGUUGGUUUAUGAUAUAAGUAACGAGAAAAGUUUCGAAAAUAUAGUUAAAUGGUUAAGAAAUAUAGACGAGCACGCCAAUCAAGAUGUGGAAAAAAUGAUUCUGGGUAACAAGUGUGAUAUGGAGGACAAGAGGACUGUUAGCAAAGAACGAGGCGAAGCGAUUGCGAGAGAACACGGUAUUAGAUUUAUGGAAACGUCAGCAAAGGCAAACAUAAAUAUAGAAAGAGCUUUUAAUGAAUUGGCGGAGGCAAUUUUAGAUAAAACUGCGGGUAGGGAGUCGGGAGAUCAUAUCGAUAGAGUAAUGGUGGACAGACGCCAACAGGCGAACACUUCAAGAUCUUGCUGUAAUAAUUAGAUUAAUUUUAAGCAUCAUUGAAUCCUCACCAAAUUAAGUUUUUUUCUUUCAGUAUGAUACCAAUGUACGUAGAUUUACGCUUUCGUAUGAAAUUUUUAUAAAUACCGCCUAUUGUGUUUACAUUUCAUUUUGCAACACGCAACCAUUAUGUGAUCCAUUAACAUUUAAAGUGUAGUGUAAAAAAUGCAAUAAUCAUGUUGUUUUGUCAGUUUGAGAAUGUGCAUUACGUUGAUUUUAAAAGGUUGAAUUUUGUACACAAACCGUACCGGAACAUCGAAUGACUCUUUUCAUUGGGGUGAUUUCAGUGUUUAAUAAAAUAUCGGCGACACCAGCAGUUUGUUUGGCUUUUUCAAUAAAUGUUAGAUACAAUUUAUCACAGUUGUAGCUUGUCACCUAAUUAUUUGUCACCAUAAACAUAAAUGUAACACUACCUACUUAAACUUUGUAUAUAUUUGUAUUUUGAUAAUUAUCUCUUUAUAUAAAUGUUUAUAGGAGUUUAA